AUGAAUUCGAUAAAGCUUUUCGUAUUUAUAAUAGUGAUUCAAUUCUUUAAUCAUGCUGCCGCGCUUAACGUACUCGCCAUCGUGACUCUACCCCUUAAGAGCCAUUAUAUGGCUUUCGACAGAUUCUUCCGAGAACUGGCGAGCAGGGGACACUCGGUGACAGUUAUGAACAACUACUUGGAAAAAGACCCUCCACCCAAUAUGACGUUUAUUGAUCUAUCCCGUGAUAGAUAUCCACAUAUAAGGAUGCCGCCGAUGUCGGCAUAUGAGGGUUCUAACUCGCAUUAUAUGCGUUUGAUAAAUAUAUACUAUCAUUUUUUGGCAAGACCUCAACACGUAGGACAAGACUGUGAGCAUCUAGUCACCAGUAAGGAGGUUGUUGACUUUCUAGCUAAGAAGCAGAAAUUUGAUGUGAUAAUUGUUGAACAAUUUAUGAGUGACUGUGGUGCUGCUUUUGCUGCCGCUUUGUAUGACGCGCCUAUUAUUGGUAUCACGUCACACACGCUCUUGCCUUGGUCGUACUCAAGGCUGGGAAUCCCGUUCGAUUUUUCCUCAGACGCGUUUUAUUUCUCAACUGGCGGUCAGAAUCCUUCGCUAUACCACAAAAUAGAAGCAUAUUUAACCAAUAUAUGGGCGCAACAUGUUUUGCAGCCUGAAAUAUUUAAAACAAUUAAUAGUAUAUUCAAGAGGCAUAUACCUACAUUUCGUGGGGAUGUGGAAAAGGCUAUAAUGGAGAAAAUGAUGAUGAUGUUUGUGUAUCAGCAUUUCUCUGUAACUGGUGCCCGUCUUUUGCCCCCACAAGUUGUGGAAAUUGGCGGUAUACAUAUUAAUAAAGCCAAACAGAUACCAAAGGAUAUAGACACAUUCCUAUCCUCAGCACCUCACGGGGCAAUUUAUGUGAGUUUUGGUUCUAAUUUAAAUGCUAGCACAUUAAGUACAAAGAAAAUGCAAGCGUUUCUGGAUGCCUUUAAAAAGAUACCACAAAAAGUUUUGUGGAAAAUCGAAUCUCCGAAUAUUGCAAGUGAGAAUGUUUAUACACGACAUUGGUUCCCGCAACGUGAUGUCUUAUGUCACGAAAAAGUCCUAGCAUUUAUUUCACACGGUGGAAUGCUAAGUCUGUCCGAAGCGGCGCAUUGUGGAAAGCCAUUGUUGACAAUACCCUUUUUUGGGGAUCAAUUUUCAAACUCGGCCACAAUUGAACAGUCGGGGCUGGGAAAAAUAUUAUAUUUUGACGAAGUAAAUGCUGACAGCUUGACGGAUGCCAUACAAUAUUUAACGUCAAAGAAAAUGCAAGAAAACGCUCGUAAUAUUCAAAGUUUGUGGAAUGACAGACCCGUAGAUGUUUUGGAUAGCGCCAUCUAUUGGACGGAGUACGUAGCAAGACAUCGCUCUGCACCGCCGAGUUUACCGUCCAAACAGAGCACGUGGUUUGAGAGGUCGCUACUAGAUGUCUAUAGUGUGCUCAUCAGUAUUGUUAUUAUAGUAAUCAUGAUGAUUUUAGGUUUGCUUUCUAUAUUAAAAGCGUUGAUUAAAAGUUGCUUCAACAGAUAUAUUAAAAAUAAAAUAGAUUAA